GACACUAACAGAUCGCUAGCCUAUAAAAAUCAGCGCGGCCUGAGUACUAGUGUCUCGCAACAUCUAACUCUAUUAUACAUAUCACAAUGUCCAUCAGAGUUAUGUGUUUGAUGAAGCGGAAGGAGGGGAUGUCUAAGGAGGAGUUUAGCGAAUACUGGAGUAACAACCACGGCAAGCUCUUCAGCUCAGUGAAGUCCGUUCAGACCAAUCUCGUGCGGUACAGUCAGUUUCAUAUCCUCUCGAAGGAAUCUGAAACAGUUGCCGCUCUUGGGCUACCUAUUGGGCCGUACGACGGUGCCGCCGAAUUCUACGUCAACGAUCUCAAGGACCUUUUGGCUGUGUUCGGAGGAGAGGAGUACCAGCAGAAUGUAGUUCCUGACGAGUUGAAGUUCAUGAAAAGGGAUGAGGUGAUGUUCCUCGUCGGAGAGAACGAUAUCAAGUUCGAGAAAUAGCGCUGUAAACGAUAGCAACAAAGGUCGUAAAGAGAUCGCUGUACACGCUGAUGUAUAUCUGAGCCUUCUAUGAACUCUCUGUUGGGACUGUCACACUGUAUGGCAUAUGUUUGUGCGAGAUAAUAUCCAUGUUGCCCA